UAUGAUUAUUAUUAGUAUUAUUAUUAUUGAGCCUAUAAUUAUCAUAAUUGCCCGGUUUAUUUAAUAUUAGUUUAAAUGGAAGAAGGGAAUCAAAUAAAGUGAUAAGUGACACCUCUUUGUGGUUCAGUGUUUACAACAGAAAGCUAAGCUCCUGCUAAUCUGCCUGACAGUCUACCGUCGCUGUCUGUGGACUAAUAAUCGCCAUGUGGCCCUGAGGUCAGUCAUGUGGUCCCUAGGCGGCGCAGCGUGAUGCUGUAACCGGAGAGCAGGGACCAUCACGCCGGGGAGACCAGGAAGUUUCACCGGGGGGCUGUCGGUCGGAAAGAGCAAGUCUCACACGCCGUUUGUUUGUCAGUAUGACAGGUUUGUGAAUCAUGGACAAUGAUGAUUACCAUGAGCAGCUCCAGAGGGACGCCCAGUUCCUGUGCUCAGAUCAGAGGAUGGACACUGAGCUGGUUGACAGUCUGGUGCUGCAGCUGAACAGGAUUUACCCACAGAUACUCAGUGACAAGGAAGCCCAAAGGUUCAGGAACCUGAGUGUGCCCACCAAAGUGCGAUUAGCUGAGUUGUUAAAACACCUGUAUGGAAAGGGUGAGGAAGCAUGUCAGGAAUUCUACAGAGGACUUCACAUUCAUGCUGAGGACAUCUACUCUAGCCUGCCCACCAGAGUCACACAAAGAGAGAUGGCCGAUUCAAAAUGGACGAACACUGUGGAAAUCAUCCCUGCGCGAUAUGCUCUUAAUGACAGAGGACCAAUGUUCUUCCUGAGCUGUUUCAGUUUUGUAGCUGGCAUUGCAGUGCUCUACUAUUACGGAGAGGGUGAAACAUUGAGAAGCACUCAUCCGUUUCUUCACUGCUCUGCAGCAAGACUUAGCAAAGGCGCUAAAGAUGUUUUCAUUUCCUAAGCGGAGGUUGGAAAGUUAAAUAAGGCUGUUAAGGCGAUGCAAUGCCUAAGAAGUAGCCCUGUGAGAGGAACAAGCCGUGAAAUUUGCCUCUUUGCUGUGCCAAACUCAUAUACACGUAGAGAGCUAAAAAUUGCACGCAUUUGUAAGCACUAAUUGACUUUGUUUUUUAAUCUGAAGCUUUGAUGACAUUAACGUGAGUCAUUCUUUGUUGAAUUCCCACAAAUGACAACAGUUUCCAAGAAAAAAAUGGUUAUUGUUCUACCAUAAUACUUGUAUGUAUGAGUCUUGAAUUUAUUGUGUGUACAGACCAAUGAUAAUUCCAAUCCCAUUUUCAGCUAAAAUUAAACGCAAUAUUAACUGCACAGUCACACAGAUGUUCUCAGUCACUCCAGCUGAUUAGACCUGUGUUCAGGGUAAAGCUGGGUGGAGCUGUGCUGAGAAUUACAUGAUGUCACUAAAGUCUACACCCAUCAGCCAAAAAAUUAAAAACAUUGACAGAUGCAAUGAGUAACACUGAUCAUCUUGUUACAAUGUAAUGUACUGCUGGGAAACCUUGGCUCUUGGAAAUUAUGUGGAUGCCACCUGCCACGCUACACCCACCCAAACCCUGUUGUAGAUCUGAUACAUCCCCUCAUGGCAACCGCACUGUGCGAUGGCAGUGGCCCCCACCAGCAGGACAGCGGGCAAUGUCACACAGCAAAAACUGAUGGCCUGAGAGGGGCGACCACUAGCUCUCGAUCUAGCAUCUGUGGGGCGUGCUGGUGCCCAUCGCAACCACCAAGACUCAGAGCUUCCACCACCAUCACACCCAGUGCCAAGACAAGUCAGAGCCAAGUCCAAUCCAAGGAGGCUCCACCGUGGACCGGGGAUACCUCUGGGGUACAGGCAUGUCCCACGGAUGCUCGAUCAGAUUGGGAUCAGAGAAGUUUGGAGGCAGGGUCAGCGACUUAAGCUCUUUGUCACAUUCCUUGGACCAUUCCUGAGGAGUUUUUGCAGUGUGACAUGGUGCAUUGUCCAGCUGGGGGGGGGGCACUAACAUCAAGGAGUAGCAUUGACAUAACGGGGUGUACUUGGUCUGUAACGAUGUUUGAGUGGGUGGAGCAUGUCGGUAGCAUGCACAUGAAUGCCUUGACCAAAGGUGUCCCACAUUGCAUUGUAACAAGAUGAUCAAACUUUUCACUUCAUCUGUCAGUGCUUCUGAUUGGCUGAUACGUGUAUGUGCCAAUACAAAUGAUAAAGCUUAAAGGUCCAGUGUGUAGGAUUAAGGGAAAUAUAUUGGAAGAAAUGGAAGAGAAUAUUAAUAACUAUUUUCUAGGGCUGCCCGUUGAAAGUCAGAGAUUUGAAUAAUCAGUCUGAGAUCCAUGUCAACUGGGAUUCUUUAAGUAGAGCAGUUGCUUUUUUGUUGUUGUUGCUGCAGAGUGAUUGCUCUUGACUUUCACACUACUCUUUGGUGCAAGCACCUACUGACAUUAAGGCAGCGGCACAGUGGGAAAGAUAGACUGCACCAUAAGGUGAAGAAGUGGUGAAUUUAUAGCUCACCGCAAGUUAAUACGAUACAGUC